GGGCAAUGGGUGUCGGGCAAGGUAGAUAAAGGGAAGGAUUGGAGAUAGAACAUGUGGAUUGGAUCAUUCGGCUCAUGCUGAGGUUGCGACCGGGAAAACAUGUCGCACAAGAGAGACGAUUGACGCGAUCUAGAAAUUUGUUGGUGGAUCUAAAUUGUUUUCUAAACAAUAUUGCAAAUGCUUCAAAACGACUGAUUUUGUUGCCAAAUAUCGGUUCCUAUUUGCGCAUUUCUUUGAUGGGUUCAUGGCGGUAACAACGCUGCCACUUUUUGCAUUAAGAGUGAUAGCUACUAGCUAGCUUAGUGUGCCGCUAAAACGUCAAAAUAACUUACCCUUGUGAACGUGGAGCAUAUGGACCACCUAUAAACUGAAAAAGGCAGAUAUCCCUAUGUGAAAACAGUGCAGCGGGCGCAAUUGUCAUCAGCGUCAUCGGAUGGCCGAGCGCGCGGCUGGCGCGCCUGUUAAAAUCAGUCAACUAAACCAAAACGAGUAAAAACAUCGUGACGACGAAGCGCGCAGUACAAAGAAAUCUUGAACUGGUUGAUUCGAGGUAUGGCGGGGGUGGUGCAGAGCGUGCAGGCCUUGGCGUCGUCGCUGGCUGCGCUCCCGCCGGAGUUCGUGCGGCCCGAGCACGAGCGGCCGCGCGCCACCACUUUCCUCGGGGCCUCGCCGCUGCAGAUCCCAGUGGUUGACAUGUCCUUGCCGGACGCCGGCUGCCGCAUGGUGGAGGCGGCGACGGAGUGGGGGAUCUUCCAGGCGGUGAACCACGGCGUGCCGGCGGAUGCCGUGGUGGAGCUGCAGCGCGUGGGGCAGGAGUUCUUCGCACUGCCGCAGGAGGAGAAGCAGCGGUACGCGAUGGACCCGGCCUCGGGGAAGACCGAGGGCUACGGCUCCACCGUCCAGAGGAGCCCCGGCGACAAAAAGAUGUGGUCCGACUUCUUGUUCCACAACGUCUCGCCGCCGGCCGCGGUGAACCACGGCUUCUGGCCAGACAAACCCAGGGGGUACCGGCAGGCCAACGAGGCGUACUGCGGCCACAUGAGGCGGCUGACGCGGGAGGUACUGGAGCGGCUCUCGGCGGGGCUGGGCCUGGAGGAGGGCGCCAUGGCGGAGGCGUUCGGCGGCGGCGAGGACGGCCUGGUGCUCAUGCAGAAGGUCAACUUCUACCCGCCGUGCCCGCAGCCGGAGCUCGCGCUCGGCUUCGCGCCGCACACCGACCUGUGCGCGCUCACGGUCCUCGUUGCCAACGGCGUGCCGGGCCUCCAGGUGUCCAAGGACGGCCUCUGGUGCGACGUCGAGCACGUGCCAGGAGCCCUCAUCGUCAACGUCGGCGACCAGAUCGAGAUUUUUAGUAACGGGAGGUACAGGUCGGUGCUGCACCGGGCGACGGUGAGCAGGGAGAAGACGCGGAUGUCGUGGCCGGUGUUCGUGGAGCCGCGGAGAGAGUACGUCGUCGGGCCGCACCCGCGCCUCGUCGCCGGCGAGAUCCCUGCCAAGUACGACUACAAGGCCAAGACGUUCGAGAACUACAGAUACUGCAGGAUCAACAAGCUACCGCAGUAGUCGAUCGAUCGAUCGAUCUUCGUCCGAGCCGCCGCCGGCUAUGCAUUGCUUGCAGGCGUGAGCAAGUGCAGUGAUAUCAAUUUUCACCCUACAAAGCUUCAGUGUUCAACCAACAAUCUCGCUUAUACGCGAUCAUAUAAAAAGAAUGUCAUUCCCUAUCUAAGUUAAAUAUUUUGGUUAUUUUCUC